GCAAAAUCAUGGGAAAGGAUGACUGAGUUUGCUUAGACAGAAAACAAAUUUCACAUGUUUGUAAUUUCUUGAUAACAGAACCUGUUUUAUUGUAACCAAGAAAGGGAAAAACAUCAGAGGAAGGGUGACCCAAUCGUUGGUGUAAAAUGAAUGGAUCCGACUUGACAACAAGGGCUGACGCUGGGUAUGAGGCAAAGACGUACACUCCGUUUCGCAAUUCACCUCGUCCAAUCUCCGUCUUCGACAAACGCUCCUGUAUUACACAACAUUGAUCAUUAAAAAUAACAUGACAAGUAGUUUCUUGAACCAAACAACCAACAGAAACCAAAUGACAGUGCAAGUUUGGGACAUAUAAAACAUUAUGGAGAACCAAACUGAGAGAGUGGGAGAUAAGCACACGCUUCCCUUUUUGCUCGCCUGGAUACGAGAACCGUCAGGGACAAAUAGACUGAGGAGUCAUAUCCUCAAUACGAAAUAAAUGAGACAAGGUUCCUGUCAUAUGGUGCGAUGCACCACUAUCAAUCAACCAAUCACAAGAUAUAGAAUUCAUCAUCAAUAUCUUUGAAGUGGCCAAACAAAUACCUCAAAGUGUAACCAACUACUCACACUAGCAAAUUGGCCAGACAAAAUCCAAUUGGUCCAAAGAUUAACCUAACAUGUUGAACUAAAAAAAAUUGCGAGUGGAUAUACUCCCUUGAAUUUGCUGCUGUGUGGCCAAUUUGAAAUCCAACUAAAGAAUACUUUCACAAAACAAUAUUGCAAGUGGACUGUGCAAUUCUUUUCGACGAACUUUGACGACUGACCAAAGGAUCUGGCGAUAAUUGACGGCUGGACGACGGCGAUCUCCUUCGCAGAGAUGGCGACUUGGACUUGAUGCGUUGGGCUACUGAUUGGCGACGAUCGGAGAACUCAAUCGGCGCGAUGGACGCGGAGACUGCAACGGGGCCGACGUCUGGAGACCCGCGACCACAACUAAGGCGAACGAUCGCGACUGGCCGGAGACUCGCGACCGUAACAGGGACGGGCGAUCGGCGAUUUGGGCCCGGCGUCUUGGACGGGGACGCACGACAGGGACACCGACGGCCGAUCGAAAACAGGGACGGACAAAACUAGUUUGAGGAAUAUCACAGAAAACUCUCUGAUACCAAAUUUUGGAACUGAAAUGCUUGUUUGAUUCAUUGAUACAAAGACCUAUAUAAAUGUACACGGGAGAUAGAUACGAGGAACCCUCUGCUUCCACACUCUUCUUUCUUCCUCAAUUGCAUUUCCUCUUUUUAGGGUUUAUCCCCACUGUCUAUAGAUCUCGACUGUGUCGGCUGCCCUCAAAUCAUGUAAGCUAGGAAGCUGUGAUGGAUUGAGGUCAAUUCCCAGAUGGUUAUUACGGACUGGUGCGAUCCAAUGGCGAGAAGAACUCCGAAGAAGGUCUGGCUUUGCUCUCAAAUGUCGGUGGGAUUACUCGUGGGUGGAAAUCACACCUCCUCCAGGUUUUGCACCCGCUAAAUCCUCCUUCUCCUCCCCGUUUGGCUUCAAUUCCCCUAAUUUUUCAUCGAAUCUGAGUUUCUACUCGAGAAUUCUGCUUUGGAACGAGCUCUCUCUUUCUAGAUCUGGAAAAAAACAGAGGUUUCAGGAAUCAAUUAAGGAGAUUUGUGAUUGAGUUUUGAUUAAGAGACAUAUAUAGAGAUGGAUUUGAAGGCCUUCAAAUGGCAAGUUCUUCGCGGUUCGCUGAUGAGGCGUUUGCUUCUCAAAAUGUUGAUGUUUGGGGCUGGAGUCGUAAUCGUAUCGCUCGUCCAAUUGGGGCAUGAUGUCCAGUUCUCUGAUCCGUGGAUGCCGAGUACUGAUAAUAAUGGAUGCGGUCUGAAUUUCAGCUUGAGCCGUAGCUUCUUCAAGCUCGCAUAUGCAUUUGGGGUGGUUUCGAUUCCUUGCAGAGAGAAUCGGGCUUUGGCGAAGAACGUGUUCGAGGAGCUGAUGGUAACCAGCUUCUUGGACUCUGAUGUGAAGUCACUCUGUGUUGGAGAGGGUGCGGAUGAAGCCGUGUUGGCCUUGAGAGAGUUGGGAUUCUCAGAUGUUUCGGCUGUUGACCGCCACCCGUUCUUCUCCCUCGCGAAGAGGAGGUUCGUGUACGAGCUCGAUUACGACGACGGGGCUUUCGACUUCGUGUUCUCCGGAGACCUCGGCAGGGUGUCGGUCCCCGCCCUCCUCGUGCUCGAGAUCGAGCGGGUCCUACGCCCGGGCGGGUCCGGGGCCGUGCUUCUCGGCACCCACGGUUUCUACUCGGGAAACCUAGUCACGCACGCCACGCCUGUCUCCUCGUUCUUGAAGAGCUCCGACGUGGCGCGCGUGGGUGCUGUGGGCCCCUUCACCCUCGUCCUCUUCAAGAAGAGGCUCGAAGAAAGCGACGCGAUGUCGCUCUUCGAGCGGUUCAAGCUACCCGACCGUUGCCCGUCGGUCGCAAACAACAAACCCCUCAUCCCAUUCCUCGAGCCCCUCGUCAACGAUGACGAGACGAACAUCUCUUACUUGCCCCGCUACACGAACGUCUCCUCGAGGAACAAGCUCGUCUAUAUAAACGUGGGAGCGGGAGAGCUCGUGGACACGGCGAUUACGACGAUGUUGAAUUCGAGCUACCCUUUUCCCCGCCAAGCGCUAGACGCUUACGUCAUCGACCACAACGCGUACGCCCUCUCGUUGUAUGUGAAGACUCCGGGGAUCACGUUCGUGUACCACCCGGGGCUCGCGGGGGAGGAGGAGAUGGAGCAAGACAUCAACUACACCGACGAGGAUCUCGAGGACGAGGAGGACGAGUUUGAUUUCGUCCGUUGGUUCAACGAGACGGUGAGUGGGGAAGAAGAGCCGCCGUUCGUGGUGCUCAUGAUGAACGCUCGCCCGGUGGAGCUGCAGAUUCUCGACGAGCUGUUCAGGACCGGUCUGAUAUGCCACGUCGACGAGCUCUUCCUCCGCUGCUCGGACACCACCGUGUGGAAGCCGGCACGGUGUGGGGAUUGCGUGAGCCUCUUGAAGAGCCUCAGAAACAGUGGCGUCUUUGCUCACUGGUUUUGAGGCAUUGUUUUCAUCUUGUUUGUUUUUAACUGUACUGUCUUUUUGUUACAUCUGUUUGUGUUUGAGUGUCUGUUUGAGAGAAUAAAUGCAAGGGUGAAAGCGGUAGAUCCUAUAUGUGAUCUAUACCACUCUUAGCUUGUGGAGUCAAUUGUGUGCUAUGUUUUUCUUGGGUGUUUGGUUGUUGCCAAACAGCCCCUUAAUGUUAUUCCUAUCUUAUGUAUCAAUGUUAUGCUUUUUUGGUACUUUUUUUUUGAGUAAAUUCCAUAAAAGGUCUCCAGUUAU